CAUAGGGGAAUAACGUGUCGUCACCCGACCUCACCUGGAGAAAUUAACUGCGUAGUUGGCGCAGAUUCGGGCCGCCUCAGCGUUCUCUACCACCUUGUCUGGUCAAAUGCUAUAUUGGCCUUUCAUUUACAAGAUUGACAUGUGAUUGCCAAGACCCAGUGCCAAGAAAUCACGAAUACUGGGAAUGCCCAGUUCGUGAUGGAAGCUCCACGACAGCGCUGAGAAACAAAAAGAUCAUUUUGGAAGCCAGACGUGUACUGAUCGAGGACACAUGGACGAGCCCCGUGUGUUCAUCAUCCAUGCGGGAGAAGACAAAGACUCAAUCGCUUUCCCGAUUUACAAUGCCCUCCGGCAACAAGGGUUAGCUAACAAUGACAUAUUUUUGGAUGAUGUUUCCAUUCACCCCGGUGAGGUUAUCCGGCACAAAAUAAUCUCGACCUUAUCAAGCGAAAGAUUAGAACUUGUUGUCAUUAUCGUCACCCAAUGGCUCCUUAACAAGCACUACUGGCCUAAACUAGAGUAUGAAACGUGCCUGAACAAGAAAGCUAUAUUUCCCAUUUGGGUUGAUGAUAACGGGGACAACUUCAACUCAUUUAGUGUGUCAGUCGGGAACUACUCCCCCACAUUAAAACAGUUGAGGGCAAGAUGUGUACAGAGACGCUAUGUCUAUUAUGAACUGCCAUACAUCGCUGCUGAGAUCGUACAGCAACUCUCUGCAGCUGCAUCGCCGUUGGAAACCGAACUAGACAAGUCGUUAGACUGUUCCCCAUACAUCAGCCACGGAGACAUCGCUGGCUUUCUUCGUGACUACGACCACCUGAUGUCGGGGUUUCGGCGUAACCUCCUGCAGCACACCAUGGACCUGGUCACAGACGAAUGGAGGUAUGUUAUGAAACACGCCGAAAUCACCGUGCACGGGCCCCUUAUGGAGGUGGUGUUCUUCUCCGGCGACAGAACCAACAAGUUUGUGGUGCACCUCAACGGGGAGAAUCGCACGGUCCACAAAGUGUCAGAAAGGGGUGUGAUUAUGACGGUACGAGAUGGUACGAGAUGGGCCUGGGACCGGGCUUGCGAGGGAGUUAGAGCUAUCACAGGCCCAGUUUGGUCUUUUGUUAGUAAGUUUCUCCCUAUUGAUUGGUGAUCUUCGUACAUGCCACAGUUAUAUCGACAAUGUAAAAUCCCGAGGCACAAAAACCUUACAAGACCACACAGAAGUGUAGAAAAUGUAAUCCUGUGAUACUACGAUGAGUUACAUUACAAAAUUGUGCCCAGUCAAUAUCAGAGCCCGUGUAGAUAUCAAUGAUUGUCUCCAAAUACAAGAGAGAAUGAAAUCAACUACAUGUCUGUGCCAAGGCUAAUACAUGACUUAAUAUGGCUCUAUUGAAUAUACUGUCAGCUCUGGCAACCAUAAGUAAUAUGUCACGAAGAUAUUUCAUUGGGAUAUCUGUGUCUUGUAACUUAAACGUUUAGAAGUUGAAGACAUAAAUUAGAGCCGUCAUGUUAAACCUUCUCUCUGCUGUCUAAACUACAGGUGUUUAAGCAGGAAAAGAGCUUGUAAUUUACUCUGGACAAUUAUUGUUUUUACUUAUCCUUAGUUACACACUAUGUGUCAAAUAUAGUAGACUUUGGCUUUAGUCUUUGCCUUAAAACAGAAUCGUAUGGUUCUACAUAUCGUAUGGUUAUCAAUAUCUUUGAGGGGUACGAGUGAUGAGGGUAGUAUAAAUUAUGACUUGAUGCCGUAUUUCUUCCAGAGGUUAACAAGGUAUCCCAAAUUAACACUCAUUGCUCGGGGGGGGGGGUGCAUCUUCAUUUGUAUAUAGUUUAAAUCUCCUUUUGUGUUAUAUGCGUGUGUUUUUACUAUGUUAUUUGUUGUAUGUAUGUUUUUGAACCCUGGAAGAUUAGCCUUUGGGCUAAAGGGUAUCGAAAUAAAGAGAGAAUUUAAAGCCCCACAAAAA